AUGUCCCGCCUCCUCCCACGGCUGCACCUCCGCCUCCGCCACCUGGUGAACAGCUGCCUCCCCCCUCCAGAUGGACAACAACUGACUGCACCUCAGGGAGAUCAGCAAAAUACGGCCGAAGCCUAUGCGGCUUACUGGGCUCAAUACGGUUACGAUCUCAACUCUCCCCAGUUCAAGGAAUGGACUGCGACUCAACAACAACAACAGUACAGUCAAUAUUACGCCCAAGCUGGGUAUAACGGUGUUGCUCCGGAGGGGGAUGGACAACCUCAACCGCCGCAGCAAGCUCCGCCUCCACCACCGCCGCCGCCUAGUUAG